AUGGUGUUCUACAAGCGCAAAAUCACCGUCUCCGACGGUGAGAUCACAAACGCUGCCCAUCUUACAUUGAGGCAGUCAUUCUUACCAAACUGUUUGGUCACCAUCCUCUUCUUUCUCUGGGGCUUUGCGUAUGGACUUCUCGAUGUGUUGAACAGCCACUUCCAGACCACGCUCAAUAUCACCGCAUCUCGAUCUUCCGGUCUCCAAGCCGCUUACUUUGGAGCAUAUUUCCUCUGCCCUCUUACAAUCUCGGGAUGGAUUCUGCGGAGGUUUGGUUUUCGAAUCACAUUCAUGACUGGCCUGGCGGUGCUGGCUGUUGGAUGUCUCCUCUUCUGGCCGAGCGGCGUCAAAAAAUCAUUUGGUGGCUUUUGCGGCUCCAUGUUCGUGGUCGGUGCUGGGUUGAGCACGCUGGAGACCGCUGCCGACCCAUUCCUCGCAAUCUGUGGGCCACCGAGAUACAGCGAGAUCCGACUCAACCUUGCUCAGGCGGUGCAAGGUGUCGGUAGUUUCGUCGCCCCUUUGCUGGCGAGCAGAGUGUUCUUUGCGCACACUGUCGACACCGACCAAGGCUUGAGGAAUGUCCAGUGGACAUAUCUGGGCGUCGCUGGAUUCGUCGGCGUGUUAAUCGUUCUCUUCUUCCUGGCUCCUAUGCCUGAGAUCACGGACGCAGAUAUGCAUCAUCAAGAACAUGUCAUUGCGGAAUAUAACCCUGGACCGCUGCACAAGCAGUACACUCUGUUCCUGGGGGUGUGGUGCCAAUUCUGUUACGUUGGCGCCCAGGUCGCCGUUGCUGGAUAUUUCAUCAACUUCGUCAAAGAAACCGGUCGCUCGGCCGCCACCGCGUCGGACCUCCUCGCCGCUGCCCAAGGCAUCUACGCGGCCAACCGCUUCAUCGCAGGCUUCCUCAUGAUGAUCCCCGCCGUGAAGCCGCGGUACAUGCUCACGCUGUACCUGGGCAUGUGCUGCAUCAUCUCCUUGAUCGCGGGGCUCACGCGGGGCACGACCUCGGUGGCGUUUUUGAUGCUCGUCUUCGUGUUCGAGAGCUGCUGCUUCGCGACCAUCUUCACCAUGUCGCUGCGCGGGCUGGGCAAGCACACCAAGCGCGGCGGGUCGUGGCUUGUCGCCGCCAUCUCGGGCGGCACCGUGUGGCCGUCCAUGACGGGCGCCGUCGUCACUCGCUACAACGCCCACGUCGCCAUGUUCAUCCCCAUGACCGGAUACAUCGUGGGCAUGGUCUUUCCGAUCUACGUCAACCUGCGCCAGCGCGAGAGGAUGGACAUGCACCGCGCCACGGAGGUCGGUAUCGUCGUCCCUACGGAGAAGGAGCUCGAACUUGAGAGGCAGCAGAGCGUCAUCGAGGACGGCGGGAAGCCCCAGGCCGUUGAGAUCCGCGAGGAGGCAGAUCUCAAGUGA